AGGAACCGCCUUUAAAAAAGAUGCCGGACCUCGUAGACGCGCAGAGAGGCUCACUUUCACACCGGGACGCUCCACAGUGCGCGGAUUACAUGGCUGGAGAAGAUGGAAAGAAGGUUGGCGAUGUCUCGCAUGAAGUGGGAUGAAGCGGACGGGUCGAGGGUGGUCCUUUGAGGCAGACAGAAAGCCAUGAUGUGGAAUUUGUGAAGAAUGCGUGGAAAAAACGUGAAUAUUUACUUUUAAAAAAGGGACAAAUUGAAGUCGCAGAGAAGGGAAGGUGCCACCAAGCUCCCCAUGAAUGGACCUCAGGAUGUUCUCCGGCCGUGGUCUCAAUUUCAGCUUCAACCUCAGCGACGACCCGGAGCUGCUGCUGGACCCCCCAGCCGAGGAGGAGGACGAGGGUCGCCUGUCGUCCACGGGCUUCGUGGUGCUGUCCGUGGUGCUGGGCUUCAUCAUGACCUUUGGGUUCCUCAACAACCUGGUGGUGUUGCUGCUCUUCUGCAAGUUCAAGAAGCUCCGCACGCCCGUCAACAUGCUGCUGCUCAACAUCAGCGUCAGCGACAUGCUGGUGUGCGUCUUCGGCACCACGCUCAGCUUCGCCUCCAGCAUCCGAGGACGGUGGCUGCUCGGCCGGAGCGGAUGCAACUGGUACGGCUUCAUCAACUCCUGCUUCGGUAUCGUGUCGCUGAUUUCGCUGGUGAUCCUCUCCUACGACCGCUACAGCACUCUGACCGUUUACAACAAGCGUGGUCCGGACUACCGGAAGCCGCUGUUGGCCGUGGGGGCGUCGUGGCUCUACUCCCUGUUCUGGACGGUCCCCCCGCUACUGGGUUGGAGCAGCUAUGGGCAGGAAGGGGCGGGGACCAGCUGCUCCGUGUCGUGGACGGCCCGGACCGCCCAGUCCCACGCCUACAUCAUCUGUCUCUUCAUCUUCUGCCUGGGGCUCCCCGUGCUGGUCAUGAUCUACUGCUACGGUCGGCUGCUCUGGGCCGUCAAACAGCCACAGGUGGGUAAGAUCCGCAAGACUGCGGCCCGGAGGCGAGAGUACCACAUACUGUUCAUGGUCCUGACCACAGCCGCCUGCUACCUGCUGUGCUGGAUGCCUUACGGCGUGGUGGCCAUGAUGGCCACGUUCGGGCCGCCCGACAUCAUCAGUCCCGUGGCCAGCGUGGUGCCGUCGCUGCUGGCGAAGAGCAGCACCGUCAUCAACCCGCUCAUCUACAUUCUCAUGAACAAACAGUUCUACAAGUGUUUCCUCAUCCUCUUCCACUGCGACCAUUGGUCGGCGCAGCACGGCAACACCUCCAUGCCCUCCAAGACCACCGCCAUCCAGCUCCACCGCAGGGUGUCCAGCAACAUGGUGGCCUGCGCCGCACACGUCUCCGCCGAUCCCGUCAAACCGUGCUUCACGCCGGACGAAAAGCUAACCACGCCGCCCGAGGCGAUGACCUGAGCUGGGAUACCUCAUGGACCGCGCAGCGGAAGCAUACGGAGUGGCGCCACUGGGGAAGUUGUACUACAUGAGUAUUACAUGUGAGCUUUGUGUUUGUACGGAGGCCAUUUUAUUGGUGUCUUUUUUUUUUUAGCUUUAUUUGGGCUUCAUGUGCUAAAUACUGAAAAAGAAACGCUCGAUAUUCACAACAUGGUCUCAUGUACGGACUUUUCACUUCCUGGUUGCUGAAGAGCAUGGAUUUCACCGGGCCGACUUCUUGGAAAAUGCACUUCUGCCACCCUGGGGGGUCAUUUAUGCGGUUUAAACCGUGCAAAAAAAAACAAAAAACGUAAAGCCGUUGAACAAGUUUACUUUAAACAUACGUACCAUCAGUAGCCACGUUUACAUGGACCCAAAUAUUCCAAUUGAAUUCGGUUUAUUUGCUCAAAUGGAAAGAAUGUAACCUUUGUAUACACCUCAUUCCCAAAGAAAAGUGCCCAUUCCAAUGAAUAUAUAAUGGGAUUCACAGUGGUGGAAUAUUCCUUUCCCCAAUCCGAUUGAGGUAUCUUGUUCCCGCUCAAACGGAAAGUUGUCAGACUACGUUCUUCUUCCUGGUGUUACUUUACUUUUCAUAGUUACUAAAUUCCAAACCUGGACGAAGGAAAAACUGGCAAUACGGAGUUAUUCCAACAAGUGAAAGAAAAACUCGAGGAAGUCGGUAUCGCGUGAUGUUGGUGUUUACGUUUUACUGGGCAUGCCCCAUUGACUAUUCUGGCUGAUUAUAGCGGCGCAUGUAGACAAGAGAUUGGAAUAUUCCUUUUCAUGGAUACCAUUGCUUUCCCAACAAGUGAAAGAAAAACUCGAGGAAGUCGGUAUCACGUGAUGUUGAUGUUUAUGUUUUACUGGGCAUGCCCCAUUGACUAUUCUGUUGGAUUAUAGUGGCGCAUGUAGACAAGAGAUUGGAAUAUUCCUUUCCAGUGGAUACCAUUGCUUUCCCAACAAGUGAAAGAAAAACUCAAGGAAGUCGGUAUCACGUGAUGUUGAUGUUUAUGUUUUACUGGGCAUGCCCCAUUGACUAUUCUGUUGGAUUAUAGCGGCGCAUGGAGACAAGAGAUUGGAAUAUUCCUUUCUAGUGGAUACCAUUGCUUUCCCAACAAGUGAAAGAAAAACUCGAGGAAGUCGGUAUCACGUGAUGUUGGUGUUUACGUUUUACUGGGCAUGCCCCAUUGCCUAUUCUGGUUGAUUAUAGCGGCGUAUGUUGACAAGAGAUUGGAAUAUUCCUUUCCAUGGAUACCAUUGCUUUCCCAACAAGUGAAAGAAAAACUCGGGGAAGUCGUUAUCACGUGAUGUUGGUGUUUACGUUUUACUGGGCAUGCCCCAUUGACUAUUCUGGUUGAUUAUAGCGGCGUAUGUUGACAAGAGAUUGGAAUAUUCCUUUCCAUGGAUACCAUUGCUUUCCCAACAAGUGAAAGAAAAACUCAAGGAAGUUGGUAUCACGUGAUGUUGAUGUUUACGUUUUACUGGGCAUGCCCCAUUGACUAUUCUGUUGGAAUGUAGCGGGGCAUGUUGACAAGAGAUUGAAUAUUCCUUUCCAUGGAUACCAUUGUUUUCCCAACAAGUGAAAGAAAAACUCGAGGAAGUCGGUAUCACGUGAUGUUGAUGUUUACGUUUUACUGGGCAUGCCCCAUUGACUAUUCUGGUUGAUCAUAGCGUAUAGCGCAUGGAGACACGAGAUUGGAAUAUUCCUUUCCAUGGAUACCAUUGUUUUCGGAAAGGUCAUUGGGAAAGAUUCCAUUCGGAAAGAGAAAAACUCCUCAUGUGAACGUGGCUACUGUGUUUGCUAACAAGCAUGGCUACCAUAACAAGAUGGCGAGAGGCGGACUUGAGUGGGGAAACAAAGCCGUGCUCAACUGUGUGAGUGAAGUGAAUGGGCGUCAUUAAGAAGUCGUGGGGGUGUCCUGGUGUUCCUUUGUUUGAUGCCCCCCCCUCCCUACGUUCCCCCAAAAACAAAUAGAACAACCGCAGCGAGUGGCAUCGCUUUUACCUUCCACGGUACGGUGGCGUUUAUUGUCAUGUUUUCUUUGCUGGAAAUGAUGCAUUCACUUGUGAAAGUCUUUGUUUUGAUCCUUUCCCAGCACCGUGAAGGCAACACGUUGAAUACCAAACACCUGAACUGAGCUUGUUCGCCCACAGUUGGCACCAAUAAAAAUGCAUGUUUUGUCACCAGAGGACUACAAUCCUUUCUCCCGCCCAACAAUCAUCUUUCCUAGUCAAUUACAAUUACAAUUACGUCAAUUACACAGCAGUCGGCUUCCCCGUAUCCCACUGGUUACCGUGGUCGUGCGGUCAGUGGGGGCUGAGCCUCGCCCGUCCUCUUAUUAUCCUUUUACAUAAGCAACCUCAAUUCACAUUCAAAACCUCAGUGCCUCGCCAGCCUGAUGGUUCAUAUUCAUCUUUUAAGGCAUGGAUAUUAUUCUAUAGGUCAUAAAUAUUGACCAGGUAAGCAUGAAAUAGG